GAUUAGAAAAAAAUUCGGAGGCCUUUAUUAGCAGUCAUUCAGCAGGGGAGCAGCACCAAGACUUUCAAGAGAUUGAAGAGUCUAACACUACGCCUUUAGGCCUGAGAGCCCAAGAAGGUUCACAAUGUCUCGAAAGCCUUAUGGAACAUACCAGUACACACCGACUGCUGGUGUCAGAGCAGAUUUCAAGAGACUCAUGAACAGCUUCCUUUCUCAGAACACUGUGCGUUAUGAGGUGUUCAGUGAAAUCUGGAGAGAGAAAAAUAUGUCAUACAUUUGUGCUUGCAGGUCUUCUGAUCGUGAAGCGAGAGAGUUCAUGGAGCGAAUCUUUGUGAUUGCUCUGGAGUAUUUCUUGCCUCCUUUCCAGUUCCAAGUACGGGUGGGAGGACUCUAUUUACUGUAUGCUUUAUUUCAAAUCCAGCCUGUGGUCCCAAAAGUCAAAAUCAGGUUAACAAGAAGUCAAUGGGAGGACUCCUUGUUUCUGAAGCAGCAAGCAGCACUGCAGAGUCACCUGGAUGUGGUGUAUAUCUUCAAUCGCCUUCUUUGUGAACAUGCCUUCCUGUUUUGCUUAACUGCAGCAGAGAUGAGUAUGCCACGUGGGGCAGUUGAUGUCCGUGACGAUGAGGAGAGUCUGGCUGAUGAGCUGAGGGAAGAGAGAAGUAGUAUAAACAGUCUGUUCAACUAUGAGUCCAUGGAGCAACUGUCUUACUUGCAAGACCAGUACAGGCAAAUGAAAAUUGGACUAUCUGGUCCAGAGGCAACCAAACCAAACAAAUCGUUGAAUGUUGUUAAUGAUGGCCUUGUGGAAGACCUGAUCCUGAUGUUGCAGUCAUUUCGCACCAAAGUUUCUGGUAUCAGCAAAUAUGGUAAACGGAAUGACACACAUCCAGUGGAGGAAGUGCAGGAGGUGGUGGAGUCUACUGGCAACAGACGCUCUGCCAUCAAGGCCCAGGCGUACUCACAGGUGUCCACUCAGAGGUCAAGGAAGACGCAUGUUGUUGUAGUUGAAGAAGAGGCUGGCUCCUCCUCCGUACAGAAGUCUCCUCAGAAACACGGUGGUGUAGAGAACAUGGACAAAGAUCCCCUAGAGGACAGCAGUCGAGAGAAACAAUCAGGCAACGCCAAACUAAAUAUGCCGGUUUUCUUUGGAGAUUUGAGCAGUGACGAAGACGAAGAUGAUGAAGACUACCUACCUCCCAUCAAAAUGUCUCGACCCUCUGAAAACAAAAGUGCCUCCACAGGUUCUAUGCACAAAAUGAAAAGCAAACAAGCCAUCAGAAAUCGCAUUGAAGUAAAGAUGAAGUGGCCUGAAAAUGAACCAUCAAACCCAAAGAAUGUGCAAAAAGACAAUGAUGUGAAUCCUGACACCUGUUCUUCUCCAAAAAGGAAACAGGGGAGGCCAAGGAAAGGUCCAAGCUUUUCACCUGAAAACUUUGCUAAAUUUCAAAGACUGUAUUCGGAAAAACUCAAGUCACAAUCAUCCAAUAGUGUCUCCCAAAGAGACAGUAAUUGUGAUUCAUCGGAAGUGCUUAAAGUAAGGAUAUCCGAGUUUGGAGACAGGGGGUUGAAUAAUAGUUCUGAAAAAAAGUUAAUUGGACAGAAUCCACCCAGGAAAAUUUAUGUGAAAGAAGGCCAGCUAUUUAAAUCAAUUUCUUUUGGGCCUAAUCAAACACUUGGUGUUAGUAGUAAAAAUUCUCAAAAUUCUCCUGAACAAAUAGAUCCCUCUGAUGAUGAUGAAAAUGAGGAGGUUUCGUCGGCUAAUGGGGUUUCUGAGAGAGGCUUGAACUUUGCACAGGCUGUCAGCAAUCUUACCAAGAAAGUGAGGAAGACACCAGGUCAUAAACUUUGUAAACCUCCACAGCCAUCUUUUGAGCGUAGUGCAAUGUCUACUGAGGAACUUUUAGAUUGUGAUCUCCCACAGACCACUCACAUAGUUGUGAAAGGUUACAGUGGCAAGGGGAAGCUGGAUGUGUCUGCUAUUGCACGAGCUGUCAAGUCCAAGGGUCUUGCACAGACUCGGCCAAAUUCUCGUGUGCAGAAAGUUGAAGUGAAGAUUCUCCAACAAAAAGAUACAAGCAAUAGUUUGACAUCUUCUGCCCAGCCUCGUUCAGAAAAAGCUGUCAAGAGAAAAGGAACAAACAAAAAAACGCAAGGUGGAUUUGACUUACUCUUUUCAGACUUUGGGUUUGUUGAUCCUGAUGAUGAAUCUUUAAAAGAUGGCGAAGCAGAAGAAAUGUCCCUUUCUGAAGGGAAUAGUGGGUCUAAUGCCUUUAACACACCAUCAAACGAUAAGAAGGCACCUUCUAGUAUUUAUGUGAAGCCUGUCCAAGGUCGAAGACGAAAGUGGGCCUCUCAUUUUCAGCUAUGUCGGCCAACUACAGAACAACCUGAUGCACCUGACACACAGGACACAUCCAGGAAAACAGAGGCAGUGGAAGCUGUGAAACGCCUGGUCAAUCUUCCUGGGAAACCUCAAGUGUUGGCUUCCACUACAAUGGGUAAAGAUGGUGCAGAAGGUUCACAACAAUUUAAACCAUACAUCAAAAAGUCACUUUCGGAUGGUUUGCAGGUUAGGUAUCUGUAGAUGAGUUCAUUGAGUCCUUUUUUUUUGGUGGGGGGGGGAGGGUUCUGUGCAGAAGUUGUUUGGCUUUUUGACAGACUGAAAUUGAGCUAUUUCAACUAUUGUACUGACACAAGAAAUUACCAUGAAUCUUAAUGAAGAGAUCACUGUUGAUAGGUACAAAAGGAGGUGGUUUUACGCAAUUUUACUGGAGAUUCUCUUUUUAUAUUAGUUUUGUGCAUGCCUAAAAGUGAUGAGAUCAAUGAGAAUCAUAUGUGCAUGUUAGAUUGUGUCAUUGUCUGGAGUUGGUUAGACUUUAGAGUUUGAAUUGAAUACAUACUUUUCUGAGCCUCUGUUGUUAUGAGUGUUUAGUUCUCUACCAUCAAUCUUUCCUCCAAAAUAGCAUAGGUAGUGUUAAAAGAGAAGUUAUUUAAAGAAGUUGAGACUCAUAUACAGUCAUUAACUUCACUCAGACCGGAGUGAGGGUUUUGUUAAAACAGAAGAAAUUGCUUGUAUAGUAAUCCUUCCAUGUCAUGUAAUAACCCCUUUUUUUUAUAUUGUAGUGUAAGGCUAUGUUUCCUUCAACUACCAUCUCGUGCCUGGUCUUUUGAGAAUUAGAGACAAGUAUGGGUCUGAGAUUGGGUCAGAAAUUAACUGUAGCUCUCACUAAAAAGUUCACUGUCUCUUAGCUCUAAUGGUACAGUGGGGUCCACUUAAACUGAAAUCUGCGGGACCACCAGAAUUUUUUCUGCUUAGCUGAGGUUUGAGUUUAGAGAGUUUGCUCAAAUAGGAGAAAAGAAUCUGGGGGAUUUUAUUUUCUUUUGUUUACCUAAUGUUUUCGGAUUAAUCAUUUUUUAUUUGAGCGGACUCCACUGUAUUUUCGUUCCCAGCCCCUAUGCAAGAAGUUGAUGGAGGAGAUUUGUCCGAGUUUGAUUGCAGUGUACUUACUAUCAUGUUUAUAUUUUAGGUUAAUACAGACUUUAAAUUUACGACACACUGAGCAUUCACAUUUGUUCAAAUUUGUCGUGGUGUGAGUUGAGGUUGAAGGAUGAAUGAGAAACACAAAGUUAAAUAGUGUUUUGCCAAGUUCUCAAUAUGCCAUUUGAGGGAAAAGCAUUCUCACAAUAUUUAUUAGUCCAUGUACAGUCUUUGUCAUGUAAUUUAUGAGUGACCAGAAUGCAUAGAGUGAGAGUUCUGUGAGCAAGACUCUCUUGUUGUUUACAAAGUUCAUAAAGAAUAAAGUGAAAAAUUGUUUGUCUUUUAGUUUUGUUCCACAGCAUGAUAAAGAAAAAAUGUGUAUUCUAGUAGAGAAUACCUUGGAGAUGAAUCCAUUUUUCUAUAUAUAGGACCUUUCUAUUUGUAUGUUUGAGUUUGAAUAGUUUAAAUCUAAGUUUUGGAGAGGCUUUCUCCAAUUUUGAAAAUGUUUCCUAGUUUUGGGGUACAAGGAACUAAGUUAAAGGAGGUUUGCUUGCCUGAUGGAAAUUAUUCUUGCAACUGUAAAUGUGAGGCAUAGUGGUGAAAUUAGGCG